AUAACUAGAAGCAAGGGAAGCUGGGGACCCACAGCAACUGCUGAGUUCCUGUCACUGCCACCCAUUGGACGGCCACCAUGGUGCUUCUGCUGGGCUUCCUGCUCCUGUUGGGAGUCACAGAUUUCACUGGGAGUAUGAGCAUCAACACUCCAGAGCAGACAGUUCAGGAAGCCCAAGGGGAAACUGUGCACCUGCCCUGCAUGUUCACCCUUAGCCCCGAGGACCAAGGACCACUGGACGUUGAGUGGCUUCGGCUUUCAGGACCUAAUAACGAAGUGAUGGACCAUGUGGUUAUUUUAUAUUCUGCAGACAAAAUUUGCGAUGACUUCUAUCCAGAUCUAAAAGGACGAGUGCAUUUUACCAGUAACGACAUCGGGUCUGGGGACGCAUCCAUAAAUAUAACAAGUAUCCAGCUGUCGGAUGCCGGCACCUAUCAGUGCCGAGUGAAACGAAGCCCUGGCGUUGUCAACAGGAACAUCCAGCUGGCUGUCACUGGUUUCACUGGAGGUGUGAACAUCACUACUCCAGAGCAGACAGUUCAGGAAGCCCAAGGGGAAACUGCGCACCUGCCCUGCAUGUUCACCCUUAGCCCCGAGGACCAAGGACCACUGUUCAUUGACUGGAUGCUGCUCACUGGACCUGAAAAUGAGGUGGUGAAUCGUAUGUUUAUUGCAAGUUUAGCAGGCAAAAUUUACGAUGGCUUCUAUCAAAAUAUGAAAGGGCGUGUGAAGUUUACCGGUAAUGAUCUCUGGUCUGGUGAUGCAUCUAUAAAUAUAACCAAUGUUCAGCGCUCUGACGCUGGCACCUACCAGUGUGAAGUGCUCCAUGGCGCCGGUGCUGCUAAGAGGGCCAUUCAGCUGACAGUUGUCGGAGUGGAGCAUGCCUCGUGCUUCCUAUGAAAGAGCUCUGUGACUGUACCACAGCCCUGGCCCUAGAAUUGCUAAUCAUCUUCCCCAGAGAUCACAUCAAUUGAACUUUUAAUUAAGUUUUGCCAAGUAUUUGAUCCUGUGAAUCUCACGAAAUGUGCCUUGCACUCCUGCGCUCCUUCAACCUCGAAAGAACCCUUUGUGACAAUAAACCAGUGUCUCGUAAUUCUGUUCGACUCUCUGUCUUCAAUUCACCCUGUGUUCUAAUGUUAGAGAACCCAGCACCAAUAUAUCAGUUGAUGAAAACAAAUAUGAUUUGAAUUCUGAGCUCUGGAAAAAGAAUCUAAGUCCUUCAAAUAAACAAUAUUGCUUUAGCUCCAUUCCGUGCUCUCUGGAGGACAGGUGUAAACACCGGCAGUUUGCUUACUGUCUUGCUCUGUCCUUUAUUACAGCCGUGGCUCUCCAGUACUGGGCUCCUGUAAUUCAGCUCUGGAAGCGCCUCCCCCAGGGUGCGGAAGGUUUCACACUAAUAUUUUGCUUUAUUGGUGUGCACGUGCAUGCAUGUUCUUCACUCACGCUCCACUCCAUUUUGUUGAGUUGGGGUCUGUCACCUGAGCCCGGAGAUCACAGAUUUGCUGGGCUUUCCCAGGCUGGGGUUCAGCUCAUAGCCCCCACUUUGGCUGGCUCACAACUGCCUGCAGUGCUAGCUCUGGGGCAUCCAGGGCCCUUUUCUGGCUUCCGAGGGGGCCCAUACAGAUGCACAAUGCACACACACACAG